UGCCGGUCGGUUGUUUAGCGUCUGCAAAAAUUUUGCUUCAGUUUUAUUUUGAGUCGCGAUCCGCGCACAAGUUUCUAACUGUUCUGUGAUUGUGUAGUGUUCAUCAAUAAUUAUGGCUGCAGUGCAACAAGGACAACCAGGCAACAAGCCGUGGCCCGCCAGACCUGGAAUCCAGCAUCAGAAUAGUCAGAGCAACGCUAGUCUCACUUUGAAUAGAACAAUAAACUUGUAUCCCCUUACAAAUUAUACAUUCGGCACCAAAGAGUCCCUGUUCGAGAAAGAUGCAUCAGUCCCCGCCAGGUUCCAGAGGAUGAGGGAAGAAUUUGUGAAAAUUGGGAUGCGGAGGUCUGUUGAAGGUGUUCUGUUAGUUCACGAGCACGGACUACCCCACGUGCUGUUACUGCAGCUCGGUACUGCUUUCUUCAAGCUGCCGGGCGGAGAACUAAAUCCUGGUGAAGAUGAAAUUGAAGGCCUGAAGAGAUUGCUGACGGAAACGCUAGGCAGGCAAGACGGUGUGAAGCAGGACUGGCUGAUCGAGGACACGAUUGGCAACUGGUGGCGGCCUAACUUCGAGCCUCCACAAUACCCGUACAUUCCACCGCACAUCACAAAGCCCAAAGAACACAAGCGUUUAUUCCUGGUACAACUCCAAGACAGAGCGCUAUUUGCUGUGCCGAAGAACUACAAACUGGUUGCAGCACCACUCUUCGAGUUGUAUGACAAUGCCCAAGGGUACGGACCGAUCAUUUCAUCGCUGUCCCAGAGCUUAUGCCGAUUUAACUUUGUGUACAUGUGAGGACGGUAUAGAUUUAGACGGAGGCGUGAGAGAGUGAAUAUUUCGUUUAGAUAGCCAAAAGUGAGUGAAUUUUGUUUACGUUGUAAAGGACGAAGCACACUUAUCAACCCGGAAAUGGAUCGUAACCGUAUCAACUUGUGGUGGUCAGUAUUCUUUGUGGCGAAAGGCGAUACGGUGUUGAUCCCUUUCCAGGUUGAUAAGUGUGCUAUGACCUUGAAUUGUGUUUCUAUAUUAUACUGUUUGGUCACUGCUAAUUCUAAUAUAAAGGCUAAUCUAGUGAAAAAAACAUUUUAUCGAUUAAAGAACAACCUUGCUUACUUUUUACGUUUACGUUUUAAGACUUUUUUAGGUGUUUUAAUGAAACAUUUAACAUCUAUUGCCUACUUUUGUAGCUGUCGGACUAAACCACUUAAUAACCACUUAAUUUUUUUAAUAUAAUCCGGGCGUUUUCAAGGCGAGAUUGAAUAGGCACUUACAGGGCAGAUAUGUACCAUCCUAGACUGCAUCCCACUUAACAUCAGGUGCGAUUGUGGUCAGAUACCUGCCUUGUCUAGCAUAAAAAAAAAUCUAUUGCCUACUUUUGUAGCUGUCGGACUAAACCACUUAUAUCAAUAGUAUUCGUAUCAUUAAAAUAUUGCCAAAUAAAUGAAUUUGUUUUUGAAACAGGAGCAAAAUUUUGGAUUUGAUUAGUGGCCAGACAGUAUUCAAAAAGGAAUUCAAGAAGCAUUGUAUGUGAUCAGUGGAACACAAUUUUAUUAAUUGAUACCAAUCACAAGUUUGAAUGUAGAUUGGUAGUAUUGUUACUGAAUUUGUCAGUAUAUUUGGCUUUCUAAACUAAGUAUUUUAGGUAAUUAGUAUUUAAAAAUGUCACUAUAGAGGUGUUAGGGCAGUGUGAAAUCAAGUCCGUAUUACAAAGCAAAUCAAACUGGAUUCGAACUCAGUCAUAGAUUCUCGCCCGUAUUCACAAACAUUACUAUGAGGUCUCACAGUGCGCGUGGACGCACAGGGUGACACACGAACCAAUCACAGAGCUCUAUUCAACGCUGUGCGUUCGAUUUGCUGCUUCAUUAAAGCAAGCAUCGUUUUUGAAUACGGGCGUGUGAUUGUUUCGUGUGUCAUCCUGUGCGUCCACGCGUACUGUGACCUCAUAGUAAUGUUUGUGAAUACGGGCGUGAAGCUUUGAUCUGUUUGAAUUUCAAUCGAGUUGUGAACUCUAUUUGGUGUGCAUAAGGUUCAUUUUAUAAACUACGUUCAAAACUUGACUCAGUCUAAGUAUUGAAAAACCAUCACAUGCUUGACUUAGGCCCAGAAUAAACGGUGAAACGCAACUGCAACGAAACUGCAACUUUCUGAUGAUUCUGAUGAAUGAAACUGAAAGUUUCAAACUGGUCGCGUCAUGUGUGGUCUCUCAACGGACGCUAUGGCAGAAACUUAGAUGCAACUCAAAAGUAACUAGCAGUUGCAGUUUCGUUGCAGUUGCGUUACACCGUCUGUUCUGGGCCUUAGAGUUGGGUUUUGAGCGUUGUCUCAUAGUUAAAGUUUUAUGAAGUACACACAUUUCUAGCAAGAUUGUAAGGGCAAAUACACUGGGGAUAUUGAGUUAAAGCACAGUCAGCGUUCCGUAGUUCCGUGACACCCAAAGUAGCCAAAAAGUUCGCAACACGUCUUUGUUACAAUGAGGGCUAUCGUUUUAGCGCUCACCAGUUAGCGCCACUGUAGAGUAAGGUCCUGUCAAUCGCCAGGGGUGCCAACUGUUAAGUAUAAAAACGAUAGCCCUCAUUGGAAUAAGGUUAUGUUGUCAACUUUUUGGCCACUUUGGGUGUCAUGAACUAUUGACGCUGACACUGUAUAAUACAUCAAGCUAAAUGGCGUCUUAUCAAGUGGUGAUAAGGUGCAAUUUUGACACAAAAUGGCCCAUAUGAAUUUGCCCCAUGAUAAUCGUUUCAUCCACUCGGCCGCGCCCCAUGUGUGGUCCCGGUCGCGCGGGGUGCGGGGAGUGUGGUCCGAGCAAGCCGUAAGGCAUUACUGUAGUGUGCGUGUGCACUCAUGGAGCAUUAGCGUGUACCGAUAACACUCACACAUUCGCGG